UGCCUGCUGGUGCGGCCACGUGUCCCGCCCCAGCUGCGUUCCGAGGAGCCGCGGCCGCAGCAGGCGGGGACAGCCGCCGCCUCUCGCCACCGCAGCUCGGCCCCUCGGCUGGCUGGCUGGCCGGCCCGGCGCUUCCCUUCCCCUCCCCAUUUCUCGGGUGCUGCUGUUCAGCCGGGAGCGCGAGAGCCGCUUUGCUGCGCCUUCUGCCGCCGCCAUGGACUACCAGGAAGCCUCCGACCGGGCCGCCGAGCAAGCGCGCAGCUAUCGGAAGGACCCCAGCGGCUGGCGCAGCUGCAAGCGCACGAAUGAAAUUUCAAUUUCCUGGAGGCCAUCAACAGAGUUUCAUGGGAACUUGUACAAAGCAGAAGGAAUAAUGCCUGCCAAACCUGCAGAUGUGUUUAAGUGCAUAAAGCCAGAGACUGGCGGACUGAGAGAGAAAUGGGAUCAAAAUGUGAAGGAGGUGGUUGUGGUCGAAGCAAUUAAUGAAAAUGUUUGCAUUACUAGAACUACCACACGAUCGGCUUUAAUGAAGGUAAUUUCUCCAAGAGAAUUUAUAGACGUGGUCUUAGUUAAGCAGGACGAGGACGGGACUUUCGUAUCGCUGGCGACCAAUGUGGAACAUCCACUUUGUCCGCCGCAGCCAGAUCAUGUGAGGGGCCGGAAUUAUCCUUGCGGCUGUUUUUGCAUUCCAGCUCCAGGAGAGCCCUGCAAGACCCAGCUCCUCAGUUUCUUCCAGACUGACCUAAGCGGCAACCUGCCCCAGACGGUAGUCGAAUCCUUCCUUCCCAGCAGUAUAGCUGCCUUCUACAGCAGUCUGAGCAAAGCAGUGGUAAAAUUCACAGCUUAAGCAAUAGUUGCCCUGUUCAGACAUUAUGUUGUAUGAGUGUACAGAUGUCUGUACACUUGUACAUGUUUUUGUGUGAAUGACUGUACAUAGAUUCAUUUGGAGAGUGAACCUAGGCACGAGCCCCUCAAAUGGAUGGUACAGAUCGGAAAGUGUAUGGCUGUAACUGUGUCCAACAUAACAUGUGAAUCGCUGUACCUGUGUACACUCAUUGUAUGAGUGUUGAAAAUAACGUGUGAGUAGGGCUUCUGUCUCAAAGGAAAAUGUACCCGCUGUGUGUAUCUGUAGUUCACCCAGUCUGUGUGGAUAAUACCAUGCUAGAUGGGCCUAUGGUCUGACUCAGUAUAUGGCAGCUUCCGAUGUUCUGCAAUUGCAUUUGCAGGUGCAGGAUUUAAGAAUCAUGUCUGCCUCACAGCAGGAUCUAACCAAAUGUAAGCAGUUUUGUAAAAUACCAUAGAUUUUGAUAGGAAGGGCUUAUCGUCAAUGUGUGCUCAACUCUUCUACUGGGAUCCCAUGGGACUUAAAAGUACUGUAUAAUUUGUCUGGAUCUGGCUUUCUCUCUUCAUUAAUUUUUAGUAAAAGGCAAGUUUCUAGCCCUCAAGGUUUCAAAGAGCCUCGGGCAGUCUUUAGUAAAACUGCAGAAGCCAGAGCCGAGCAGGGUUUGGGUGUGUCAGUGCUCUGCAUCACAACUUGCUCCUCCUGGCAACUAACCGCAGAUGUAACAAAUACUGCCUACACACUAGCCCUCUUCAGACGUUGUUAAACCGGCUAAGUUGUACCCAGGUUGUACCUAAGUUGUACCCAGCCAGUUCAAUGGGAGCAUGCUGAUUAACCACUCGCCCUUGGUUCCAACAUGCUUGGCAGCCACGCCUCCUCCUCCUCUCCCUGGGGUUCAGUGUUUGUCUGCAGAGGCAAACACCGGACCUGGGUUGGCUUUCUCCCUGUGAUUUGGAAUGCUGGCCACACAACAUUUCACAUCCCGGGUUUCUCCACAGGUCCAGUUCUUGCCUCUACAAACACUCUGUGUAAGAAGAAAAGGGGAUAUGGCAACAUUACCUGAACUAUAUGGCCGUCAUUAGCUGGGCUUUUCUAUUUCCCCCUAUUUUUAUUUUUAUUUUCUAUUUCCCCCUAUUCUUAUGUAUUUCUAAUGCCACUCUGAGAUUGGAAUUGGGUCUUAUCUCGAGAGAGGCCAGAGCUUGGUAUCUAAUACUAAUCAACUGGGCAAGAAUCAACUUUUUGCCAUCUGGUCUCCUUCCCCUGUUAUGAUUGGGUAGGCACUGCUCGAGCUGGUGGGAGAACAGUGUCAGGAAACUCCGUACCUUUGGUCUUUCACCUGAGGCAAUCCUCUCUGUGGGUUUGGUCAGGGCCAAACAUUAAACAAAGGAUCUGGGAUAUUGAGUUUCAGAAAGAACUUUUGAGGACAUCUAGGUCAUUCCAUCUGCUCAGUGGUGGGAUGAGAACUUGCCCAAUAGAUUAUCCAUCCAUCGAUGGGCCUUCUCGAGGGCCCAUAUGAAUGCCUUCCCUUUGGAACUUUUGGCUGGUAGAUACAGUAGAAUUCCAACUGAGCAGAGAUAUUGCCCCUGUAACUCUGAUGAGAUUGAGUCAGUUGCACACGUGCUCCUGCGGUGUGUCUUUUAUACAGAUCUUAGGCGAAGGUUAAUUGACCUGCUUUUACGUAAUCUGCCAGGUCGAUCGGGCGAAUUCGACAUCAAAUAUUUGCUAAUAGAUGCGAAGUUGUCUGUCACACACACACACACGGUUGCAAAAUCCUGUUGUUCUGCAAUAUGAGUUCAUUGCACUCACUGAGAUCCAAUGUACAGUUACGUUAUUAAUAUGGCUAUGUUUAAAAUGUUAUAUUGUUUUAGAUGUGAUAUUGGUCAAAGGCCGCCAUAAGGAUUGAGUGACCCCUAUUUUUCUCUUUCCCCCUAUACCUGGGGCCAACAUACCCAAUUUAACAAUGUCUGAAGAGAGCUGCUGUCCUUUACAAACGUCAACCUGUUUCACUAACAUACUUGAUCUUUGCUCUCCUUUAACUGUGACGCGGUAGCUCCAGCUGUUGCCAAAGAGUACAUGAGCCAGCUGGGGUGGUCAAUGCCAUCUGGGGGGAUGAAUGCUCUGUGGCUUUUGACCAGGUCUACACCCUUAGAGAUGGAAAAGAAGUGAUUGCUGCGCAUGGCUUGCAGAUUUCAGGGUGUUCUCAUGCUUCCCUUGUCGUGACCAUUGGGCCUGCAGCGGCCAGAUUGGCAGUGGUGUUUUAAAAGCUUUAAAAACACACACACACAAAAACCCUACUAUAAAAUGUUAUUGAUGUUGUCAGAGGAAUGGAAGUGGAAAUGGGCAGGAAUCUCCUCCAAAAAUUACUCCAUGGAGAGAGUACAAGAAUUUGUUCAUUACCCUAACUUGACCCUAACCCUUUCCUCUGUGCAAAAGUGACUGCAACUUUACCCAUAUCACUUGGUGGUAGUGAUAAAGAAGGGGCAAUACCAACCAGCUGUGCCAUGCUAUCACCUAUUUUCCACCUCUAAGGGAGUAGACAUUGCCAGAAACCACUAUAAGCAGUUGUUCCCUGAGGUGGUCCCCAUGGCCAAAAUUUGUAGGCCUUGCUUAUAGACUAAUACUUGUCGAAGUAUAUGUAAACACUUCCAUUUAUAAUGUGGUUUAUCCUAAUGAUGAUGCUUUCACAUACCUGGGUCCUCUGGAUGAUGCCUGGUGCUAACCUUUGCUGUUGGGCUGAACCACAAGGGUGCAGCUGUUUCCGUGGCCCUGCAGUUAAGAGGGCAACAACAGAGGCAGCAGAAGCCACGGCCGUUCAGGUACCUACAAGGUAGGUUGGGACGGCGAUGGCCAAGGUGCCUGUGCCAGUAGCCUAGGGCAGAGCCCCCUGUGUGCUGUGAUGCACCUAGGGAAAGAUGGACCCAUCCCCCUCCUCUUGACCACUGAAGGCAGCUCCAUUGAAAUGGGUGGAGAAGACUUUGUCAUUGGGGGGCCCCCAAAGGAUCAUUGGGUCUGGGUGCAUGUCUGACAGUGAACUUGGUGGGUAUCAAACAUUGUUGUACGUGAGUGUGCGCACCUGUAUGUUUAGUCCUAUUUGGACAUUGUGUUGUGUGUACAUCCAGGUGUCCGUACACAUGUAUAUGUGUUUGUGUGAAUAAUGCUACAUGUAUUUAUUUUUACUGUGGGGUACAGGUGCAGAUAGGGUGUUCUACAGUAGGGUGUGUGUGUGAGUAAAUAAUUGUAUGGGUGUCGGCCGUACACCAGGUGUUAGCAAACUUGGCCCUCCAGCUGCUGUUGAACUACAACUCCUAUCAUCCCCAGCCACAAUACAUUUGACUGCGGAUGAUGGGAGUUGUAGUUCAACAACAGCUGGAGGGCCAAGAUUGUCCAUGCAGAACGAGUGAAUAGGGCGUUUAUCUCAGCACAGAUUCUCCAUCUGUUAAAAUUGGGAAGAAGGGCAAAUUUGCACCAUCGGAUGAUGCAGUUCUUGCUAUAUGGUACCACUCCAGACAACAGGUGUGGGUGGCAGGCAUCCUUCUGCCUCUCAUCAAAAAUCCCCUGCUGUGGAAUCUAGCAUGUUGGGGAGAAAUGUUCUAAUGUAGCCUUUCCCCUGCUAGUCUUCUGUACGCGGGGGAAACUUCAUAUGUCCAAAUGCAUCCAAAUGUGUGAUUGCCUGAAGUGGUACCACUUUGCAGCUACACUGUGUGAUUCCGCGGACUGUAUAGCUCAGGCAAUAAUAUUGACCUCCCUCGCAGGGUUGGUGUGGGGUACUGUUGUACAUGCUUAAUAAUGAUGAAUAAUUAAAGAGAUGGUGCUUUUAA